AUGUUAAAAAGGGACGCUAAAGCUGAAGUUUCAAACGAAAUUUCUUUAAGUUCUUGUUCUAAAGAGAACAUAAACUUUGUUAAUGAACAAACUAGUCCUAAAAGAAGUAAAAACCCAGAAGAAUUAGUUAAAAUUGAAGAAUCAACUGAAUUUGAGCCUCAAAAUGAUUUUGACAAUGAUUUUGAGCCACCAGUAGAAUACAAUGAAAGCAGUUCUUCUUCAGUCAAUGAGUUAAAGGUCUUCACGUGCAGUUGCGGCAAUAUUUAUAACAAAAAAGAUGAAUAUAAAACACAUUUAAGAGAAAAUUACUGUAAUGGAUAUAAAAAAGCAACAAAAAUUAAAGUUGAGAAGAAAAAUGUUAUGUGCGGACGUAACAUUACAAUAAAACAGCAAAUAAUAUGUCCAGAAUGUAACUUAGAAUUCGACACAAUGAAAGCAUGUAAGCUUCAUAGAAGAAAGCAUAAAAACGAGUCCGCAGAUGACAUAGAAAAGUUUCACUGCACACUUUGCAUGCGUAAAUUCAACCGUAAAUCAUCUUACACAAAUCACAUGAAAAACCAUGACAUAAAAUCUAGUGUGAAAUUCACUUGUGAUACUUGCAAACGUGAAUUUCAACAUAAAGCACAUUUAGACAAUCAUAUUCUGUCCGUACACACUCGAGAGAAAGGGUAUCCAUGUGAGCUAUGCAACACAAAUUUUAGUACGCAGGAAAGUUUAGAUCUACAUAAGGAAAGUCAUAAGAUUGAAAAGAAACAUCAAUGUAAACUUUGUAACAAGGCAUUUUAUAUGCUGUCGACGUUGAAUGAUCAUAUGCGAACUCAUACAGGGGAGAAACCGUUCUUAUGUUCGGUUUGUGGCCGCGGUUUUAGUCAGAAGACCAAUUUGGCUCAACACAUGAGACGACAUCAAGGUUUGAAGCCUUUUAAAUGUGAUGAUUGCGAUAGAAGCUUCGUUUCCAAAGGUGAGCUCGUGGCCCAUAAACGCAAACACAGUGGCGCACAUCCCUUUGUCUGCGACGAAUGUGGCAGUGGGUUCACAACUAGCAGCUCGUUGGUGAAGCAUCGGAGAACUCACACUGGAGAAAGACCUUAUAGCUGUGAUUUGUGCCCGGCUAGGUUUGCAGCUUCAGGUACUUUAAAAAACCACCGACGCACCCAUACUGGCGAGAAACCCUUCCAAUGUUCCUAUUGCGAGAAAGCGUUCGUGCAACGUCACGACCUCAUCUCUCACAUCCGGUGCCAUACGGGAGAAAGACCAUUCGUCUGCGGAUGUGGUCAGGCUUUCAGAAAGGCAUCUGCAUUAAAGGCCCAUGUAAGAAUGCACGCUAAAGAGUCAGGGAGUGUUAUUCAAGGGUUAACUCCAUGUUAAGUGGUUUCGGCAGCGACGGGGUUACUAGAAAUCUGGUUUCGAAGUAUCACGAUUAUUAUUUGAUAUUUAUAUUGAUAAAUUUAAUAACGUUGAUAAUUAUUUUGAUGUCUAUGAUUUUAAUUGAGACAACAAAAUGCUACAGCUAGCAAUGUCAUGCCAUAAUAUGUUUGUAUCAGAGAGGUGUUUAAAGGUCAAACGUUUUUUCGUGCAUAUUUAGCUUUCUCACAGUUUAUAAUUAUUAAUACAAAGAUCGAGCACAGAAUAUUCUUCGACCCAAUGGGACUUGAACCCACGAUCAUACUGUACCGUAGUAUUGCUGUUACCAACAGAGCUGCGGGUCAAGUUGUCGAAAUUCUCCUAUGUGUUUUUGUUAAAGAUCUUUGUGUUUCGGCAUUCAGCAUCGCUAAAUUUUAGAAACCUUUGUCACCGCAACCGGUACCUUUACAGGUGCCUCAACAGACGUAGAUGUCGUUUUUUGAUCAAAUGCAAAUACUUACAAAGAACUUUCUACGUGUUCGAUCUUUGUAUUAAUAAUUAUAAUAAACAUUUGUGGAGUUAUAUCACAAAGAAAUUCAAUAAUACAUUUUCGCAUUUUUAGUCAAAAAUUAAAGAGGCAAAACUAUGAAUCGGGAUAGAUAAUUUUAUCCGAUAUGUAUUGUUGAUAACCCUGUCCCAAACCGCCUCAACCGGACCAGAAACUGCCUUCGGUAUCCUUCUUUUCUUCAAUAAAACUCCUUUGAGACUUAAAUCUUCUGGUUUAUUGAUUUAGAAAGUGGACUGUACAUAUCCAUAAAACUUAUUUCGACUUAUCGAAUAUCGAACACGACUGAACACGAUUACAAAUGAAUUACGAAUGAGGGAAUUAUAAAUUUCACUUAUAUUUAUACCUAUACGGUGUCUCCCACACCGUACCGGCCCUAUUAAUUCGCCGAGGACGCCACUCGACUAAUCGGAGCUCUUGAAUUACGCAUUAUUGUUCUGACUGGCCAGUCGCGUGCGGCCGUCCGUAACAUGUAUUGAAUCAUUAUUCAUUAUAAUUAUCAAAUCAAAUAAAUAGAAGUCAUGUGCAAAUUUAAAAUCAUAGAAUAAUAAGACAAGACAUGUAACUAAUUAAGACAACACUAUUUUUAUUUCAUCAAGAACUGGCAA